CAAACAUUGCACUUGGAUGUGCUCGAGCUUGGUAUCUGUAUGUGAUAAAAGCAAAGUGUAUAUAUGUCUUUAAACUUGUGUUUGCAUGUUCUAAAGACGUGGCAGAGAAAAAAAUCCAAAACCAAACGCCAUGAAGAUUACUUUCCUAGUAAUGAUGUUGGUGUCCCUCCUGUUCCUCGCGGCCGACGUAGCGCCCCAGCUGGUCAUCACUCGCAGGAGACAUUUCCCCGGCGAGAGGCGACUCGGGAGCACCAACUACGGCCAGUACAGCUUCGGCAAGAGAGGCUACGAAAGACGAACCAAUCCAGCAAAGAAGAAUGCUGUAAACUAAGAAACGUUGUAACACUCUCCAUUUGCUACAUUUGCUGGAGAAAAGAAGGGAGACUUUUAUGACCAAAGCAAUACUGAAGAUAGGAACUUCGGUUCGUUAUUGUUUUGUAUGUAUUAUUAGAGGAUGUGUCAAAUCCAUUCUUCUCUGUGCACUAAAAAAUGUUAUAUCGUUAAAUGACAACGUAUUGAUUUAUUUAUUGUAUAACUUUACUUCGAAGAGGAAGAAUCCAUUUUUACAUACUUUUCUUGAAGAUGACAGGGAUUCAAUAACCGGUGAGUGGACAUUUCUAUUCUAAAAUGUGCCGGUAUACAAGCUUUAUAUCUUGUUCGAAUUCUUCAUGUAUACGUAGAACUUAAAAUAGAUUAUGUUUUGGUAUGUUUUUUUUUUUUCAGUAACCCCAUCAGUUCUUUGUGGCACCUCAUUUUUUAUUGUCUUUGUAAACAGAAACUACUAAUUCUGAUACAGUAUAAACUAUACAAUAAGGCUAGUUUUUAUUGUUUAUCGAUUCCAUUGAGCAAAUCAGAAGCUUUAUUUAAGUAGGAUCUCGAUUUCUUCGAAGCAACUCAUAGUUGAUUGUACGGAGAGUAAUAAGAUUAAAAAAGAGAAGAAAACGAUAAGAAUAUGUGUAUUGUCAUGACAAAUACCUGUUUAACAUCAGUGUAAAGACUGUACAAAGUGGGCUUUGUAAACAAUAAAAAACUAAAAGCUAUGACAUUUUACAAUAUUUACCCAUUGUAUUCGGUUAGCACCAAGAGCAUUUUCCAGGGAUUUAUCAGGGAAGAAACGACUGAAUACAAAUUUACAGGUGAAUAAGGUUGUGGUGUUACAGUACAUUGUUUUAUAGCUGUCUGUGUCCGAGAGCAUGUUUUCAAAUUCAAUCAGGAAUCCGUUUUCUAUUCUUCGUCUUUAACCUAAGAACACCGAAAGAGUAUAUGAAUGACACAUUAUGUCAUACAUAUAUACAUAUCUAUAUAUGUGUGUGUGUGUGUGUGUGUGUGCAAUAGAGAUAGCGAGAGAGAGAGUGGCUGUGUGUGUGUGAGAAUAGCUGUGUGUAUGUAUGCAUGUAUGUAUACACAUGCAUAUAUAUAUAUAUAUAUAUAUAUAUAUAUACAUAUACAUGCAUAUAUAUUUCCAUUUAUAGUGAGACAGCCAGGCAGAUUUCUCUUGUAUGCGUGUACAUUUAUGUUUUUUUAUCAAUUAUUUUUUAUUUUACAUUCUUCUAAUCUCUCAUCUUCGUCAUUAUUAUUAUCACUAUUACCAUCAUAAUUAUUAUUAUUAUUAUUAUCGUUAUCAUU